CGCGUGCCGGCUCGUCGCGCUUGUAAGGAGAUUAGGAAAGCAUCGUACCCUGGCGUCUGUUCUCAGACUGCGUUGGUGCCGGUCGAGUGCCCUCGCUCGGCGUCGGGCGGGCGUCGCGUGCGCCAUGACCGCGAAGAGCGUCGAAUAGAUGCAGAGGGCGACCUCAGGCCCGUCCGUUCCCCACGCUCGCGUAACCCUCGGUCUCGUACGCUCGUGUCCAACGUAACAUGGCGAUGGUCGCGUCCAACAUGAGCGACCACAUCCAGAAACAGCUGACCAGAAGUCUCGAAAGAAUACUCGAGGAAGCGCACCUGAGCGGCGAGCUGAAGCUGAGCAACCGGAAGCUGAAGGACUUCCCGAAGGUGGGGAAAGGCAACGCCAAGUUCAACCUCCAGGACACCGUAAUCGCCGACCUAUCGAAGAACCGCUUUACCGAGCUGCCGGACGAGGUGACGGAGUUUCCUUUCUUGGAGAAGCUGCACCUGUACCAUAAUGCCAUCAGGAUAAUACCGGAGACGGUAGCGAUGCUGCAGUCGCUGAGCUACCUCGACCUCAGCCGAAAUCAGCUGACGGCGUUGCCCAGGGAGGUGUGCAGGUUGCCGUUGCAGACUCUGCUCGUUGCUCAUAAUAGGCUAUCUUCGCUUCCCGACGAGUUGGGCAGAAUGUCGGCAUUGGCCGAACUCGACGCAGGCUGCAACGAAAUCUCGUCGUUACCUCCUAGAAUUGGCGACCUACCGAGACUCAGGUGCCUCGACCUGAGGAGCAACCUUUUGGUGCAGCUGCCAAUAGAACUCACGUACCUGCGACUUGUCAAGCUCGACAUCAGCGGCAACCGGAUAUCCGUGCUCCCGAACGAGCUGCGGAAGAUGAAGAGCCUCGACGACCUUCGAAUCUCGGAUAACCCGUUGACCUCACCUCCUGCCUCGCUGUGCGUUCGCGGGCGAACGCACGUCUUCAAGUACCUCGAGAGGCAGGCCGCGAAGCACGAGCGGGCGAGAGCUGGAAGACAAGCCAGAAGAGGUCCCUUGGACGGCAGAGGUCACGUCACCCUGGACACUAGGUCCCAUAAACGCCACAACGUCGACAGCGGGUACAGCACCAGCGACGGGGUCAGCGAGAAAAGAUGGUCCCAGGAGAUACACAGUGCGGCGCACGACGACGACCUCCGGGGAGUGUGGCGACCGGAAUGUUCACCGCUCUCCAUCGCGUUGCCCCAUGAGUCCGGGAUGAACGGCUCCUACAGCGGCACCUCGACACCCAGCACGAUCUCACCCGGAGAACACGCCUCUCUCGAGGACGAACUGGGCAAGGCGAUGCUGUUGCACGAUCAGCUUGAGAAGAGGAGGCUGGAGAGGAGCGCCUCGGAAAACGGAGUCGAAUCCAGAAGACCAGUCAUUUCCUGCAUGCGCGGCUCGAUUCCCGUCGUUCCUUCAGGGCAACUGGAGAGCGCCGGCUUGAGUCAGCAACAGCAGCGACAAGUGCAGCAAGACCCGACGACGCUACCCGUGCAGUUUCCGCAAACGGUGGCUAACCCAACACCGAUGAUCGCCAAUGGCGAGGAUAAGAGGCCGUUGAAUCAUAUUCAGACAUACAGGGAAUACAAGGAGGCGCUGAGACAGCAGCGAGCCAACGAAGGGCCCAGCGUUUAUAGGUCUCGGGACCAGAUGACUCCACCUGGAAACGAGCCUCCGGGUGAUCGAACCGACUGCGUCGGCAUACUCGGAAAGUCCUCGGCGAACGAUGAGAGCGCGAAUAGAAGACCGGUCCAGAAGGUUACACCAUCUCGGGCGAAUUAUCGGAGCAUACCGAUCGUCAAUGGAAGCGGUGGCGAGCAUAAUGGACAGCUGGUGGACCAGCCGUACAAGAAACCGAGCUCGCCGGUCAAGAGUCACAGUCCGACGAGUCUGGCUCACCCGACGUCUGCCAUCGCCAGGACGAGCUCGAGUUUCACCGAAGGAAACGAGAGUCCCAGCAGAAACGGUGGCAGCCCCAAGUCUGCCGGGAGGUCAGUGACCUGGCACAGCAGUCUACCCGAGAAGUACUCCUUCACCAUGAGGAGGGAGUUCGAAAGAGCGAAGGAAGAGGCCGAUCUGAUCGAACAACUGAGAAACAAUAUAGAGACAAGGUUGAAGAUGGCUCUUCCCGAAGACCUGGCCCCUGCGCUGACGGACGGCGUCGUUCUUUGUCACCUGGCCAACCACGUCAGGCCGCGCUCCGUUGGCAGUAUCCAUGUUCCCUCACCUGCAGUUCCCAAGCUGACGAUGGCGAGGUGCCGACGCAACGUGGACAACUUCCUGGAGGCCUGUCGGAAGAUCGGUGUCGACGAGAAAUUGGUCUGCUGCGCUAGUGACGUCCUGGAAGGCGGUCGAGGCAUCGUCAGGGUCGCCGUCACGGUGUCGGAGUUGUUGAGGUUCCAUCAGGCCAGGUCGCCGUUGCAGCAGGGAACUGCGGCUACAGCUGCAGCUGCAACAACCUCGACGACGGUCGCACCGGCUAUUAAUGUAGAGAGUCACGUAGUGGCAUAGCGAAGGACUUUGUAAUUUAAGAAAAAGGGCAUCCUUAGACCUAGGUAGUCGUCAGGCAUCGCCGGUUAAUCCGCGAUUGCCUUUUCGCGAAGGCCAUGCGCCGCAGUUGUAAGCGGCCUCCGACUUGGCAUAAAAAAUGCGAAAUGUUAAGGCGAUAUGAAAGCUACAUCAAAGAUGCCUCGAUUAUGAAACUUUUUUUCAGAAUCGGGUAUACCGAAUCGUUUGAAACUUUACAACGUGGAUAUUUAGAAUGCAACGAAGAUCCUGUCAGCCGUGAAAUUUGAAUUGAACAAAAAUUUGUUUACAAAAAUUGAAAUUUCAUGGGUGACGGAACCUUCCUAAUAGCCACGGUAGUCGUGUUGUAAGGUUUGAAACGAUUCAGUACAUCCUGUUUGAAGAAAUGUUUUAUGAACGAUUGAUCUCUGGAAUGCCUCUUUUACAUCCCCUUAUAUCGCUGAAUAAUAUCGCGGAUUCUUUUUUUUUUUUCUUCGGCGAUGGCGACUAUGUACUAUUUGUAUCCAUCUACCGCGGACGCGUCCGCACGUUCUUUUCGAGUGCACGAACGAUCUCGGAUACUGUGAUCCGUUUUUUCCUCCGGGCGAUUGCGGCCGUACAAACCGCAGUUUGUAGCCCACGGACCGAAUGAUGCUGGAGGAGACAACGGCUUAAUGUAAUACUUGUCGUGCCAAAGAUAUUCUACUCUUAUUCUACUCUUAUAGCGGCUUCGACGUUCAAAUACCGAUACCGAGUUUCAUGCACCGAGGGAAAAAAAUUUCAUCGGACCGAAGAAAUACUUUAACAAUUCAGGAAAUAAUGAUUUGACUCAAACUCGAGCAAAUUAGACGCAACGUCUCUUCGGAAUUGUGACGAUUUAUUUCAGUUCAUUUGAGUUAAAUAAUUAUUCUUUGAGUUAACAAGAUAUUUCUUUGGUUAGAUGAAUUUUUUUUCUCAGUGUGUUUGAUUCGCGCCUCGCAGCCUCUUCGACGCGCUCGGAUAUACGUAUCGAGUAAAGAUCAAAAGGGAAGCUCAAAGCUCUUGUGUGUACUUGACAAAGUUCUUGGAUCUUCAAGCAGGAAUUCGGUUAUUCGUACCCAGCGCCUGUACUUACUAGCGUUCACGUAGAAUCGUAAGUUUUCGAGGGAUUUGUAAUUGACACUUGUUCCUUUGGGAAAUAGUCGCUACCAGACUUGCAAAUAAGGUUCGACGUGCCUUAUGUGCAAACUAGGUAGAUCUUAGGUCUGCGAACGUGUCGUUUCUCUUUGGUGAAAACUUGCAACUCUAGUGUUAACCCUAGGUACGUUAUCUUGUCAACGGGUCUCUCAAUAGUACCGUUGAAAUCAUAGGUAGGCUGAAGUCAAUUCCCGAUGACGGAGCGGAAUGUCAGAGAUUUGUAUAGUCAAUACAAUUUUUCAAUAGUCACCUGACCGGCGACUGAAUUCACUGAUGUCCGUUCUAUUCGUUGGCUGGAUGUCUAAGUGUACUCAUGUCUCACUUUUAAUGGUGGAAAACUGUUUUUACCUGGUUUUUAAAUGAUAAAUGGCGUUUUUUAACACUAAAAGUAAGACACGAGUACGAGCCUACGAGACCGUUGGGAUAGCGGUAGGAUAUGGUUAUAGCUCAACGAAAGGAGACUCGUCAACACUGCUCUCAGAAUUGGUUGCUACUUUAUCUAAGUCGAACAAAGCUUUUAUUAAAUGCGUGGUUGUUCUGUGUCGCGUGAUCACGUGUACAUGAUAAAAGGAAGUCCAAGUAGCAUCGUAAACAGGGGAUGAAAAGGUUAAGUGAUUUAACUGCUCGGAAUAGCAGCAAUCAUUUAAUUCUCUUAUCGAUUGUUAAUGUAUUUUCUAUGUUGGUGCCCUUGGUCUUUCUUACGUCAUAUAUUUAGAUAGCAAAGAGAAAGGGAUGAUAAAUUAUAGGCCGAAGUUACAAUUCCUGACUGAGUUAUGAUCUGCUUGAGAAAUGAAAGAAGACAAACAAACACCUACGUUACGCAAAAUACAUUAUGAGAAGGUUAACCACUGAUGGACACAAGCACGUAUCACUACGAUUGUCAGGAUUGUCAGUCUAGUCGGAAAAGGGAAUUUCGGCCGAAGGAAAUGAUUAAGAAUGGUCGCAUAAUCGAAUUAUCGUAGCUCCGGACAGAUGUAGCAUAAGUCUACGCGCGUUCCAAUUCUUGCAAAGUUCGAUGCGUUAAACGGAUACUUUGUACUAAUAUUAAACGAUAUUUCAAAGUA